GAGACGGCCACACCCACAGUGAAGCGCUUGCGCGAGCUAACCACAGGCAAGGGUAUUGACCCUUGCCACAGGUUUCACCAGCUCCGAAGUGGCGCAUGGCGUCGUCGUUGGCGUCUGGCACACGGGGCUUAUCAAGCCGAGUUACGUCGCAACUGCCUAGCGAAAUUUCGCCAACGCGUUGCGUUCAAGCGCGUCGUGCAGCAGUGGGCACACAGCGCACUGCGGUCCGCUCUCUUCGUCGCAGCAAACUACAUCUCGUUUACGGUCGCGCAAGACGCAGAUCGACUACCGCCAGGAUCGUGCUGACCUAUUUGCUUUUGCGUCUUCCCCGACAGCGUUGCUGGACGAGACCGUGCUGCGGUGCGUGGCGCUGGCUGCCAGCACCUCGUGGGCGACGGCCAUCGCAGCGUGUGCGUGAGCAGCGUCAUGUGGCUUAUCGCAGCCUACAUGGCGCGCCACCUCCGCGUCCACGUACGAUGGCUUUUCCGCAUCCCUGGCAUUGCGCUUGAGGACUGGUGCUGGAGCCUCUCUGGUGCAUCCUUGCGCAGCUCAGCACGGGCGCGACCAAGCGAAGCGUGUUUCGAUCGACACGCUGCCAGGCUACACGCUCGAAUACUGUUGGUAAUUGGCGUAAAAACCACUUCAAGUUGGAGAGGCGAGGGGUUCCCACCUGGCUUGGCACUUUCGCAUUAGCCGGCCGCCGACCACUGCCCUCAGCAUCAUGGUACGCAUCCUCGCAGCGAGCUUGGCUCAUCUCACGGCCGUCGUCUUCGCCGCCGGGAACGCGACUCGUGGUGUGUGCUACGAUACGUACGGCAUCGACCACAUCGACCAGCACUUUGCGACGAUCAAGGAGCGCUUCACGGCCGUGCGCACCUUCCAGUCCAUCGCCAAGGGCGUCAACGUCAUCGACGCUGCGGCCAAGGCCGGGCUCCAGAUCGCGGCCGGGGUCUGGAUCCGAGGCAACUACACGGCCGACCUGCAAGCCGCGAUCGACGGCGCGCGUCGCCACCCGGACGCGGUCCACGCGAUCUUCAUGGGCAACGAAGACCUCUUCCAGAAUGCCAUGUCGGUCGAGACCGUUGUGGCCAAGGUGCACGAGGCCAAGGAUCGUCUGCGCCAGGCAGGCCUCGCCCACAUCAAGGUCGGGUCGGUGCAGAUGGACGGGGACUGGCUCCGUGCGCCGGCGCUGGUUGCGGCCUGUGACGUCGUGGGCGUCAACAUCUACGCCUUCUUUGGCGGCGCGUCCAUCUCGUGGACCAACCCGGUCAUGGACCUCGACGCCCGCUGGCAGAAUCUUGUCCGCUUGUACGGUCCGGAUAAGCUCACUAUCACCGAAACGGGCUGGCCCCACGCCGGCGGCAACAACGGCGCCCACAUCUCAAGCCGCGAAAAUGCGGUCGCGUACUAUCAGUCCUUUGUGCAGUGGACGGAGCGCGGCAACGGCGGCGGCCUGCCCUACUACUUCAUGUUCCACGACAACCCGAGCAAAGGCGGGUUCGAAGCCAACUUUGGGCUCGCGGGCGUCGACGGGCGCUGGAAGUUUGACCUCGGCGCGCCGUUUACGGGGCCCCGUACUUUCUCGAUCGUGUCGAGCCAAGGUCUUAGCGUCGGCGCGCUCCACGGCGGGCUCCGUGCGCACCACGCAGCAUCACCGAUCUCGGCCGACGACCUCUGGCAGCUCGGCGGCGACGCCCUCGUCAACCAAGGUGGCCAGCAACCUUGUCUGGACGUGUCGCGCCAUGAUAACAACCAACUGACUAUCGCUCUGCACCCGUGCAGCGCCAACAACACCAACCAAAUGUGGCGCCAAGAGCCGUCGCGACUAGUGCAUGCCACGUACAGCGUCUGCCUCGAUGUCGACCCAACCCAAGGCAACAAGGUGCAGGUCUUUGCCUGCGUGGACGACGCACCCAACCAGCGCUUCUCAUUUGUCUAAGCAUCAUAACAAAGUAGAGCUAGUCAUCGUUCUUGUAC